ACAGAACACAUGUACGCUCCUCCCGCUGCCCAGAGACGCGGAGACACGAGAGGGGCUGCCCGAGGGCCACCAUCAUACCGGAGACGCGGUUUGGUGGCCCUGUGGCAUUCAUUCUAUCACCUGUGGCAUUCCUGGCAGGGCUGCUCUCAUUCUGGCGCUGCUAUUGGUGGCCAUGAGCGCGCUCGCAGCGGCGCGGCCGCUGCUGCGCGAGGAGACCAUCACCGUGGGUGCAUCGAUUGGCGUGGCGCUCAGUGGCGGCGGCGUCCUCGUCGUCGACCGCGCGGAACCCAAAUACGGAGCCAAGCCGCGCGCCUGGUGCGCGCAGCACGCGCGGGCCGCGAACACUGAUCAAUGCUGGCGCGGCGUCGACCGUCGCGCUUAUGUGGUGGAGACGACGCUCGACCGAGCCGUCGCCAAACGCUGGAUCGCCGCGGCGGAAGCGCACGGCUGGACGACCAUGCGGCACCACCGGCACCCGACGCGCGACGUGCCCGUGUCAUUGCUGGACGUGGGAGCGGCCGUCUUCGAAUUUCUGGAGCGAGAUGUCAUAUCGGCCGUCGCCGGCGUGUAUGGACUCGACGCGAAGCGCCUGUCGCUGAACGACUGCUUCCUCGUGAAAUACGACCGCGACCACCCAGGGCUUGAAACGCACGUCGACGGCAGCGAGUACUCCUUCUCCCUGCCGCUCAACGACGGAUUUAGUGGAGGGGGCACGUUCUUCGAAAACCUCGGUUCAUCCGUGAGACCGCGCGUCGGCGAAGCUCUGGUGCACCCCGGGGAUUUGCGGCACGGCGGCGCGCCCGUAGUACACGGAGUGCGCUACGUGCUCGUCGGGUUCCUUAGGUACAAGUAGUAGCGAUACGAUACCGAUUAC